AUGGACGCAUCAGGGCUCUUGGCCAAGUCCUGUGAAAAGCUUAAUAACCAGUUCUAUGAUGAAGCUUCAGAAAAAUGCUGCUACCACUGUCCCACAGGCUCCAUUAAACAGACACCAUGCCCUACUAACUUGGACAAAGAUUGCAGGUGGUGCGAACCCGAGCAGUACCUGAAGGAGGCACAUCCAAAGCCGCGUUGUGAGGCCUGCGUGUCAUGCAUGACAGAACAUGACCUUGUGGAGAAAGCCCCCUGCACCUUCAAUUCCAGCAGGGUGUGUGAGUGCCGGGCAGGAUUCUUCUGUAAAAUGACAGUCCUGAACACUUGUGCACGAUGCGACCGUCACACCAGCUGCCAUCCUGGGUAUGGAGUCAAGGUCAGAGGCACCUCCAAAACAGAUGUCACCUGCCAAGUGUGUCCUCCAGGCACCUUCUCUGACCGGUUUUCCAGCACAGAAACCUGCAGGCCUCACACAGACUGUGCCAAGCUGAGCAAGGUAGUGAUGACCAAAGGAAACGUCACCCACGACCAAGUGUGCAAGGACCCAUCUCCCAACGUCCUCAGUCGGGUCCCUACACUUGCAACGUUUAGAAACAGUACCCAGGGUACUGACCCAGCUGGGGUGCCCUCCCAACACACCCAUCUUGAGCAUCCUGUUGACUCCAGACGGGCAACCCACCCCAGCCUCCUCCUGAGCAAUGUGACCUCUGGCAAUGUCCACCCAACUGCUGGAGGAACCGCCGGUGGAGCAGAUACAAAGCCAGCUGCUGGCACUUUCCUGACCUCAAGUGUAGCCACAGGCAAGACUGUGAAGAAAGAGAAUGGCAGCUUCAUUCCCUGGGUCAUGGUGGUCCUCCCAGUGAUGGUGUUGCUUGGGGCCAUGGGAGUGUUUUGGCAAAAGAAGUUUUGCAAGCGGCGGAUCUUCACCCUCAUAAGGAAGACAGCUCCUAAUGUGUACCAAGUCCCUACACAACAACCCAGGCCUGGAUCUCAAGGGCCCGAUUUGGUGAAGGCUUGUGCAAGGAGAAUCAGUAUAUUGAAAGCUGAAAAGGGGCCAGAAGAGAGGGAGCUAAUUACCAGCAGCCCCAACAUGGAAACCAACAACAACUCGCCUUCCAGCACAGAGAAAACUCAUGGGCCUGAGCUGAGUCUGGCUGAGGUGAACCAGAGCAGCGGAAAUUCCCUAGAUUGCCCGGUUGAUGCUCGUGUGAGGGACCACACUAAUAACCGGAUCGAGAAAAUUUACAUCAUGAAAGCAGACACAGUGAUUGUGGGCUCCAUCUCGGAAGUGUCCGGAGGCAAGAACUGUGCCGUUCGAGGGUAUGACAGUGAUGCUGAGGCCCAAGAAAACCCAGUGGAAACAGAUGGGGCAAUGCACUAUCCAGAGCAGGAGACAGAAUCGUUCCCAGGAAACGAUGUCAUGAUUCCCGUGGAGGAGGAAGGGAAAGAAUUCCAUCACCCCACCACCGCCACCGAGAAGUGAUGCCCUCCUGCCACCACUGCUGACAAGUGAUGUUUCCUGAAGUGUAAACCCGUAGAGAUGCCCACUGUGCCGGCGACUGAGAGCCCGCUGGAGAGCUGUGGCUGCAUUAUUGUCUCCAAUACUGUAGGUUGUGAAAGGAUUUUUUUGUACAAGGCCUCAGAGAAUCUAUUUCAUCCCCAAAAUGAGGCAUUCAUUCAAAGGAAGAAGAAUUUGCACCGCUUAUCAUAUCAGAUGUUUCUCCCUCCUCCUCCCUUUUUAUGCAUCCCACUAGAGAUGGACCUAAACCAAAACUGCAUGUACAAAAAACCCAGAAUUCUACCCUAACUUCAUGGUGGAAUAGAAUAAAACCCCAAAUGCUGACCAAACUCCUUGGCUGUGAAAAGUCAGGUCAGACUCCAGGGGCUGAAAUUGGGAAGCUGUUUCGGAAUCCCAUAUCUGAAGCUGUGUUGUUCCCACAUUAAGGUUGCCAACUGCUGGCACGCGAUUAUUGCAUUGUUCAGUGAUUUUCAGGAACUAGCCCUGCUCCUGGAUGGAUAAGAUAAAAAUCUCAGGUUUAUCAGCAUAAAAAGUCUCUAAGCCUCCUAGUUCUAGAAAAAAAAAAGCUUGAAAAACUUGUUCCAGUAUGUGCCUUGGAGAAUCAGAAACUAGAAGGGAGAAGUGAAUACAGAAUUUGCUUGUGACUAUUAAGCCAGUUCUGUGGAUCUUGUCCAUCUGGGACUUGGUCAUACUGAUGCCUUAUGAUCUUUUCCCAGGAAUAGACUGAGAGGCUGAACAUGAGGUUCUGGACUUUUGCUUCAAUGUGAGUCUCUAUGAAAGAGGCCUUCCAGUGUAUAGGAAUGGGGUCCUGCAAGGACUGCAAAGGGAAUAUGCUGAUUUUCCAAAGGAAACAAAGACUUUGAGGAAAGGAGGCCUUGAUUGUUCCCUAGAACAUUGUCCAUGUCUGACUGUUCAAGGAGAAUUGCUGGUACCAUCCUGGUAGCACUAGUUUAUUUGCAUGCUAGUGGUCCACACUGUCUUGUGGAAAUUGCUGCCAUAACCAAUUAGACCGGGUGCCUGCACGCAGCUCAUGUGGUCUGAAUACCAAGUGCCAUGUUGGUGGUGGCACUUGAACACACAACUUUGGGAAAUGAGUGCAUUGGCUGCCUGUGCCUCUGUCGUCAAAGAGGGAACCCCAGGAUCAUUUAUCUGCUCCUCAGGGCUGUGCUGAGUGGCAUGCGAUGACAACGCCUAUCUCGGUGCCUUCUGUCUGAGAUUCUCAGGGUGCUUCCCAAACCAUAGUGAAGCUUCUAAUGUUGCUUACAAGGGCAGCACGGACCAAUAUGCCACUUCUGUAGUGGUAGAAAACAGGCAUGGAGAGACCCAACUGAGGACAGAGUAUAGUGGGCAAGCAAGAGACUCCCUGGCCUGUGCCGUCCCCACUAGUGCCUCUAAAACCUGGGGGAAGUGGCUGUGGGCUGAGUGGAAGUGCCCCCAUGGCUUCCUCUGUGAGUCCCCCUUUCUCCUCUGUGAAAGUUCUCUAUACUGAACAAUGCUUGGUUUACAGUUGUUACUGCUGCAGCCCCCUCCAAGUGAGCCAGGAAUGCACAUAACACAUCCCUUUUCUGCGUACAUUACCUGUUAUGCUUGCUGUUUUCAUUGACAAGCUAAUCACCCUCUGAAGCCAAGGAAAAGGAGUCCUGGUCUUCUUUUUAUCUUAGUUCUCUUCACUGCCUGAGCAGGCCAGGAGGUAAAGAAGGAAGGAACAGAAAUGACUUAUUUUACUAAAAGGGUUUUAACAUUAUUCUGCAACAGAAGCUUGGCCCAGCAGACACUGCCCGGAAUCCACAGUUCCAGGAGGAAGUGAGACAAAGGGCAAGCGCCAUAUACUUCCACCAUUCAUGCUGUAUUGUUCGCCAGGUUUCUGAAAGGACUCCCAAGCAAGAAGAAGCUUCUCUCUGUUGGGUAGAUGCUGGCUUGCUAUGUGUACAGCAGUUCUCAUGGCAGUAAACUUGCCAAAGGGCUCAUUGUGAUAAAGGUCUUGCAUAUUCUUGCCCAGUACAGACAGUCACCUUGCAAACAGAACAGCUCUACUGGAAUGGCAUGAACCACUUGCCUGCUAUACAGACUGUUUGCUGUUUGUGGUGACCAUUUAGAUAACCUUUGCUGUUAAAAAUAUGCAUACUG